AUGUAUUUCAAAAUAAACAUUGGCACAUCAGACGACAACAAAAUGAUGGAUAAAAACAUCCAGGCAAAAUAUCGAUGGCUGAAGUGUCACAGGACUAAACGUCACGUGAAACAGGGCAGACAUUAUAUGAGACAGUACCAGCCAGACAUCAGACGAGACGGUACAAACAGGACAUCUGACGAGAGGUUUACGGCAGACAACAGACAGUACAUGCCAGACAUCAGACGAGACGACAUCAGACGAGACAGUUCACGGCAGAUAACAGACGAGACAGUUCAUGCCAGACAUCACGUGAGACUGUACAUGCCAGACAUCAUAUGGCAGGUAGUUGGCAGACAUCAUGUGAGACUGUACUUGGCAGAGACAGGCGGCAAUGGAGGUCUAUUGUUGCCAUCAAUGGAUUUGCAUGUAGUGAUCUUUGCUGGCUUUUCAGGAACCGCGGGAUUGUUCUUGCCUGCGUUCGACGACAGAGUGACUUGUUUGGAGAGUUGUGGUCGUUGUGACGUCGGCGGUUUAGUGGUAAUAGAAGCGCUGGCGAUAGUUGGCAAUGCGUUGUGA